AUGAAAGCUCUAAUUCUCGUUGGUGGAUUUGGUACUCGUCUGAGACCUCUUACUCUAACUCUUCCAAAACCAUUGGUGGAGUUUUGUAAUAAACCAAUGAUAUUACAUCAAAUAGAGGGACUUGUAAAGGUUGGGGUGACGGAUAUUGUUUUGGCAGUUAAUUAUCGGCCCGAGAUUAUGGUCUCGCUCCUCAAAAAAUAUGAAGAUAAGUUUAACGUAAAAAUCACUUUCUCGGUUGAAACCGAACCUUUAGGGACUGCUGGUCCUCUUGCAUUGGCUCGUGAAAUUCUCGGAAAAGAUACCUCGCCCUUUUUUGUGUUAAAUAGCGAUAUUAUUUGUGAAUUUCCAUUUGAGCAAUUAAGAGAUUUUCAUAAUUCUCAUGGAAAUGAAGGUACUAUAAUUGUUACCAAAGUUGAAGAACCUUCAAAGUAUGGUGUGAUUGUGAACCAUUCCGAUUCAACAUGCAUUAAAAAAUUUGUUGAGAAACCUGUAGAGUUUGUCAGCAAUAAAAUCAAUGCUGGUAUCUAUAUUUUUAAUCCUGCUAUUUUAGAUCGCAUUGAGCUUAAACCGACUUCUAUUGAAAAAGAAGUUUUCCCAAAGAUGGCGGAAGGCUCUCAAUUACAUGCUUUUGAACUUGAAGGUUACUGGAUGGAUGUUGGUCAACCCAAAGAUUUUCUGACUGGCACUUGUUUAUACCUUUCAAAUUUAGCCAAAAAACAACCGAAUCUCUUGGCGAAUCCUGCCUGCGAUUACGUACAUGGUGGUAAUGUAUUAGUAGAUCCUACUGCCAAAAUAGGUAAAGAUUGUAGGAUUGGACCAAAUGUUACCAUUGGUCCGAAUGUUAUAAUUGGUGAUGGGGUAAGGUUACAAAGAUGCGUCAUAUUAGAAGGAGCGCGAGUAAAGGAUUUCGCCUGGGUUAAAAAUAGCAUUGUUGGAUGGCAUUCAAUACUUGGACGAUGGACUCGUCUAGAGGGCGUUUCGGUUUUAGGUGAUGAUGUUACCGUUAACGACGAGAUUUAUUGUUUUGCUGCUUUAAAAUAG